AUGAAGCUUGGCUUCAUACACUCCAGAUGUGAUCACUCUCUAUUUGUGUACUCCAAACAAGGUACUACACUCUAUGAUUUAGUUUAUGUUGAUGAUAUCCUUAUAACUGGUUCCUCAGCAAACCUGGUACAUGAUCUCAUCAACAAGCUCCAUAAAGCCUUUGCUCUAAAAAAACUUGGCACACCCGAAUAUUUCCUGGGUAUAGAGUUUGUCCCUCAGAAGAAUGGCCCUCUCCUUUUAACUCAAAUAAAGUACAUUAAGGAUCUACUUGAUCGAGCUAAAAUGCCUCAAGAUAAUGGUGUACCAACUCUAAUGCUUAGCACCUGCAAACUAAGCAAACAUGGCUCUCAAGCUGUCUCUAAUCCUCACUUAUAUAGGUCAAUUGUUGGAGCAUUGCAAUAUGUGACUCUCACCAGGCCAGAUAUAUCAUACAGUGUCAACAAAGCUUGCCAAUUUAUGUUAUCUCCAUGUGACACUCACUGGGCUGCUGUUCGCAGGAUUAUCUUUUCUCCAUCUGCCACGACUCAGAAAUUUUCCUUCAGGGCCUAUAGUGAUUCGGACUGGGCAAGUGAUCCAUACGAUCGCAGAUCUACAUCUAGCUCGUGCAUUUUUCUUGGUCCCAACCUGAUUGCUUGGAGCUCCAAGAAACAAUCGCUUGUUACUAGAUCAAGCACAGAAGCGAAAUAUAGGACCCUUGCUCAUACAACCGCUGAUUUGGAUAGAGUCUCUGCUAACUGA